AUGCUGGUGAUGGACGAGGUUCACACAAUGCUCGUGGACACCAGCUAUCGAGACAGUCUUGUUCGCUGCCCAGGCCGGCUGGACCAUCUUUGCCAAGACCCACCUGUCAAGUGUGUGGGCCUGACUGGCACGCUUUGCCCCAAAGAUGAGCGGGCUCUGCUCCAACAGCUGGAUUGCACGGAGGACGCUUCGUACCAGACCUUUCGUAUGCCGACCAUGCGAACCGAUCUUCGGCUAGGGGUGCAACAAGGAACAACAAAGGCACUUGAGAAGUUUGUGAAACACCACUACGACCUGUUGGAGCAAGAGGGCCGCGUGGAUCGCAUGCUGAUUUUUUGUGACACGAAGAAGCAGGUUGAGGCAUUGUCGACUCAAUUGGCACGCACGUUGGGUCACGAGCAGUCGCUGGCCGUGGAUGCUGACAUGUCAGCCGAAGACACACGAGCCGCUCUUGAGCAGUGGAGGAGCGGCACGCAGAGUCUGGUCUUGGUGGCCACAAGCUGCUUGGGCGCGGGCUUGGACAUGCCCAACGUUCGGAAGGUGAUCUGGUUUGGCAGCGGCUACAACGGCUAUACCUUGUCGCAGGCCUUUGGCCGGGCUGGCCGCGACCGACGGGGUGGCGAGGCCACGCUAUGGAUACCACGAGGCACAGCGAUUUCGGAAGAUCUGCAGCCAUUUGCAAGCAUGAAGCGCUGCCUCACCUUUGAGCUUGGUUCGCUGCUGGAUGGUGAGGGCCACAUUUGUGCAGCCGCAGGAGCGCCGGCUUGUAAUGUGUGCUCCAUGAUGCAACCGACCAUCACAGCGCGCCAUCCAAGCCGUGAAGCACAUGGGGCGCCAGUAUCACACGAGGGCCAGACGCGGGCCAAACGAGCACAGUUGAUGGUACCAUCGGCGCCCAUUCAGUCAGACGACUUUAACACGGCUCUGCUAUGGAUGUGCACCUACUGCUGGGCCUGCAGCUGCAGCAGAGACCGCUUGGUUGCUCACCACCAGCCUUCUUGCUGCCCGGCCAUGAAAGGGCGCUGUUUUCGAUGCCACUGCCGCGGCCAUGGUAGUGGCACUUGCCAAGUGAACUUGGGGGCUAGU